AUGGUUUCCGAGGAUGUGAAUACUUUCAUCUCUGGGGACCUGGCACUCAGUUCUCGAGAUCCGUGGAGGCAGUAUCUCCUAACAUAUUUCUCCAACAACAUUGCCGGGGAAAUGGUGGGAAUUGAUGACCACCGCAAUGGCUGGCGCUAUCUUGUUCUUCCAAUUGCACAAGCAGAUGAUUUGGUCGAUGAGUCGGUCUUGUCAGCUGCUGCAUUUCAUUUUGCCGCAAAUGUUAGCGGCAAGAACCUCCAUCCCAUAGCUUUUUACCACCAAGCAAUCCGCAAACUACGAUCGAGACAGGACAUGACCAUGUACGACACAGUAGGACAGCAGAGAAUUCUCGUAUCCCUCUUGGUGUUACUGGUCGCCGCUAUAGUGAGCGGGUCUUCCGAUUUUCGAACCAUCUUUGGCCUAGUUGAAGGAGCUAUAUUUGCUCUGGGUGGGGAAGAACGUGUAGCAGUCGGCGAGCUUGGGAAAUUCAUAGUACGGCAGGUCCGGAAAUACCGGGGAUGGGUAUCGCCGCACUUGAGUCUGGAACAUGGUGUCAAUCGACUACGCCAGUCCAGUUCACAACCAUUCCAAUGCGAGGGGUGGGAAGACAUCAGCAAUGAUUGUCUGCUGUAUCCAAAUUUCCAGAGCUCAUGGUCCCUGAUUUAUAAGCUGAACGAGCAGGCGUGUAACAUAUAUGUGGUCAGAGCUCUCGCUGAGCCUGGAACUCCGCCACAUGUUGAACUCGUAGAUGGGUUCAUUAAAACGCUGAGAUCACUCCCUCAAAACUCACCUGGGAUGUAUUUCGUUCCAUUCACUAUUUUCCUGGCCGCUGCAGAGUCGUCUCAACCUCAACAACAUGAGUUCUUUGAGCAAGCUCUGAUCAUGCAUUCUCAGCGUACUGGGUUUGCAAAUCUGCCACUAGCACUUCGCUUUUUGCAACAAAUCUGGUCACAAUCGCAACAUCAGAAUUGGACGGAAACACUUACUACUUUGCCAGUCUUCGCUGUCUAG